UCAGUCGGUCAUGGGUGGCAUUGGCCGGUUAUCACUGCCCGUCGACACGUGUGUAAAUAGUUUAAAUUUUGUCUCUUGUACGAAUUAGUAAAAAAAAUAUAUUCACGUUGUGCUAAAGUAAAAUUUGUUUAAAGUUUUGUUUAUGUAGCAAGCAACACUUUAGCCUAAGGAUGAUGUUUGUAACUUUGGUAUUUUAUACUGUGUAAUUAUUUAUAAAUUGUUGAAGACUAUUCAUCGUUUAGUUAUGUUGUCGGUUUACCAUAGUGAAAUGUAAAAUCAACCAGUUUGGAUUUAAAACCCAAUUCAGUUUCUAUUCAACCAAGAAUAUCUAUGAACAGUUAUUUUAUCAACUCUAUGUUCCUUUGUAAAGCAUGUUAAAAAUGACCAUAUUGAAAAUCAUACUACUUUUAAUUUCUGUGUACAAAAUCACUUGUUUUAACGAUUGCAUUUACAAUUUAAAAUUAAAUGGUGAAGAUCUUCAGUUUGAUUUAUCGAGAUUAAAUGAAACUAGGAGUGUGAAUUUUACAAUCUCAGAAAGUGAUUAUUCUGUUAAGAUAAGCCUUUGUUCAGCUGAAGAACAAAAAACAAAAUGUGAUGGUAUUUAUUCAAUCAUAUGUUUGGUUGAAAAAAAAAAAAAGUUCACCAGUAUUGGAUCGAAAAUUAAAGAUGUAAAAUUAAAUUCUAAAAAUCAAUUAUUUAUGUCUUUGGAAAGUUAUAAAAAUUGUGCAGAUAAUCAAAAAUUUACAACAGAAGUAACUUUCAUAUGUGAUAAAAAUAAUCGAGACAAUAUUCAGUAUAGAAAAAACACAAACAAAUGUAAAUACGUUUUAGAAUGGUGGACAGAAGCCGCUUGUCUAGUUGAUGAUUUAAAUGUACGAAAAGUUUGUCAAAAGCCAAUUCCAUCCAUUCACUAUAAGUUUAAUUUAAAUUCUUUAAGAAGAAUUAAAGAAAAUUAUUUGGUUGAAAACGAUGGUCGUCGUUUUCAGCUUAAUAUUUGUGGCCGCUUAUUAAAUGGUAAUAAAUGUGGUGGAAACAUAACAACAAUUUGUGAUAUAAGUGAUGAAAAUGCUUCUAAAGUAUUUGCUGUUGGCCACUAUAGUAAUUCUGAUAUUGUGUAUGAUGAAAUAAAUAACAAUUUGAAGUUGAUUCAACAUGAAAGGAUAUCUAAAAGAAAAAAAAACAAAAGAAUUGAGAUUUUAUUUAAAUGUGAUGAAAAUAUUCAACCUGAGAAUGUUGUACCUAAAUUUUUAAAACAUGAUAUUACUCAAAAUAUUGCUCAUUUUGAAGUUGUAACAGCAGCUGUCUGUGUUCCAAAAAUGGAAGCUUGUGAGGUUUUUACGUCCACAUCUAAUUUCAAUUUAAAACCUCUUCAUAAAAGAUUUGGCAAUUGGAUUAUUCCAAAUGAAAAAUUUGGAGGAAAUUUUUAUAUAAAUGUUUGUGAUUCUUUGAAUACAUAUGAUCAAAAAAUUCCACUCAAAUGCAUUGAAAAUAUUAAAACAUCAGCUUGUUAUGUCAAUAAAUUAGGAAAUGUUUUUCCUAUCGGAUCUUAUCAGUAUGGGCCUCAUUUAAUCAAUAAUACAUUACAAAUAAAUUUUACAAAUGGGGCCAGCUGUGGUAAUUUAAAGUGGUCAUCAGUUAUAAAUUUUGUGUGUUCACGUGAAAAUGAAACACAAAUACUUCACAUUUCAACAAAUGAAUCAUUAUGUACAAAUUUAUUUUUGUGGAAAACGCCCAACGCUUGUCCAGUUUUGUUUAGAAAACAGGGCAAAUGCAUUGGAUCACAUCCGCACUUCUCUGGAAUAAUUUAUAAUAUUACCAGUUUAAAGGGCAGUCAGUUUGAAUAUAAUGAUAUUACAGACAAUUCCAUUUAUCACCUGAGUAUUUGUUCACCCCUUGAUAUUCCUUGUAAUGGUUACACAGAUUCUGGAGCUUGUUGGUCAAUUGGUAACAAAGAAAUUAAUAUUGGAAUAUCUACAGAAAAUAUCAUUUCUGAAAGCGGUAAAGUUUCUUUGAUAAUGCAUGGAGAAUCAUGUUUUCAUAAAGGCCCAACUAGUAUCACCAUUAUUAAAUUUGUGUGUGAUUAUUUAAAUUCACACAAAAUUCACUUUUUAAAAAAAGAUCUAUACAAUUGUAUAUUUGAAUUUAAACUAUAUACAAAAGAUGUUUGUACCAAUUCUUUGAAAAGUCAAAAUUGUACUGUGAAAGAUGAUUUAGGAAAUGUAUAUGAUUUCAGUAGUUUAACAAAAUUUGAUCAAAAUUAUGAAGUAAAUUUUGAUGGUAAACGGAAAAUAAUUAUUAAUAUAUGUCAUUCUAUCAUAAAUAAUGGAAUUGAUGGGGCCAAUUGUCAACCAAGUAGUGGAAUCUGUUUAGUAGAUAAUGAACAACUUUUAGAUUCUAACAAAUAUAAGAAUUUAGGCAAUGUAGCUGAAAAUCUACAAAUAGAGAACAACAGUAUUUUCAUGGAAAUGAAAAAUGGUUUUUACAAUGGUUUAUACGUUUCUUCUAAAAUUGAAUUUCAUUGUUCAAGUUUUAAUGAGGAUCCAGUAUUUUCAGGGAAAAGGAAUGAUACAUUUUUUUUUCACUGGUCAACACCUUUAGCAUGUCAAAAAAAAAGUAAAAUUAUAAGAGAUAUAUUAAUACAAGAUAAUUUAAUAAAUCAGCAAGUUUACAAUCCAAAUUAUUCCAUAAAUAUUGUUGGAACAAAAUAUGAUAUAAUUGUUUGUCAUAAUAAAUUUAUUUCAAGUAGUGGCCAUAAUAUUUUUAAAAAUGAUUUGUGUAAUACAAAUGAUCCAACAAUAAGAAUAUUUUUGAAAGUUAAUAAAGAAAUUUAUAGUUAUUAUUUAGAUCACAAAUAUCCUAGUAUUAUUCAUGUUCAUAAUGACACUUCCAGUGGUUUAAAUAUUAGUGAAAAAAUUUUGUUUAAAUUUAAGUGUGGCUUUUUAGCUCUUACUCCAAGUAUUUUAAAAGAAAAAACAUUCAUUAAAGUAUUAAUAAUUGAUCCAACAUUUUGUGAUAAAAAACUAGAGUGUAAAAUAGAUAACUACGAUGUAACAGCUCUUAAAAAUACCUAUGUCAUAAAAAGUCAAUUAAUUACCUAUUAUAUAUACAUGUGUUCCUAUAGUUUUCAAGGAAUUAGUGGAUUAAUGGAAAUGAAUAAUAAAAAUUAUAGUUUGGGACACCAAACUACAAUCCCAAAAAUUAAUGAUAUUGGAUUUUAUGAAAUAUUAUUUGAUGAUGGAGAUAAUUGUAUGAAAGAUAAAUCAAAUUUGAAAUAUUCUUCCAAAAUUUUAUUUGAAUGUGAUGAUAGUGUUGCAAAAGGUUAUCCACAAUAUGUUCAAAAUAAUAAUUGUCAAGUUGAAUUCAUUUGGAGAACUAGUUUUGUAUGUAAUUUAAAGAAAGUUGAGUUUGAAAAGUCAACAUGUUCAGCUAUAGUUGAUAAAGGUUAUGAUGAAAAUAUUAUCAGUAAAAAAAUGUUAAAUAUGAGUUUUCUAAAUAGAAAAAAAUUUAAAGAGUAUGGAGUACAAUUUUGUAGCGAUUCUUUAUGUGAGAAUAAUUUUGAGUGCAUAAGUUAUAUAGACUUAAAUUAUGAUAUUAAUUACAAACUACUAAUUGUCAAAUUAAUAUUAAAUAAUAAUAGUACAAAUUAUACAAAUAUAAGAAUAAUAUUGGCUUGUCUAAAUUCAUCAACUUUAAUAAAUCCAAUCAUAAGCAAAGGAUUUUCAUCAUUAAUCAUUUAUGACCAUUCAGAACAAGUAUGCUGCUUAGACUUAAAUAGUAAUAUUAAUUAUGACAGUAAAUGUCUGAACAAAACUCAUGAAAAUAUUUUUGAUAAACAGUUAAAAAUAAAACAAGGUAAAAUAGACAAGUUUAUAUUACAAGAUUUAUUUUUACAAAAGAUAAUCAAUAAUAUUAAUAAUAAAUCUAGUAAAUUAGACUCAAGUAAUGAAAAAUCAUUUCCAUCAGAUGCUAAUAUAAUAUCUACAGAGGAAAUUGAAACAGAGAGCCAUUUUUAUAGAACAAGUUGUACGUGGCUAAUAUUGUUCCUAUUUUUUGUAUUUUUAAAUUGGUUGUAUCGUUAUAAAAUAUUAAAGUUAAUCAGGAUACUUUUACGACAACAUACAAUCAAGAGAAGAGGCAGAAGAUGGUCUAGUAUAUCUUAUGAAGACUGAAUUACUAUUAAAUUAAACAUUUUUUUUAAAUAGAAACUUAUUUAUUUAUCUUAUUUUCAGUUCCUUUAAAAGUUUUGUAUUUCUUAAUUUAUGUUUCAAUAAGUUAUUGAUUUUUAUUUUUUAAUUUAUAGAUUUUAUUAUAUAAAAUAAAUAUUAGAUUAUAAUUGUCUUUUUCAUUUAACCAACCUUAUUC